UUAAUCAGUAACCGGUAACAGCAGCAACAGCAGCAUCGGCGGCAGAGGUGGUGGAGGAGGCGGGUGCCAAACAUGGUCCGCUACGGAAAUAAAUAACGGGACCUGGGGGAAGGAAUUUAAUCCAACCGAAAGAGGAGACCUUUACAAACGCGCUGAAAAGAGGAAGCGGGCGUUAGAAGAGAAGAAGCAGCAGUAGCGACUAAAGUCAGUGGCACACACACACAUACACACAUUUCUACUGUGUUGAUGUUGGGAUUUGGCGACGAAUACCUGCCGCAAACAGUCCCGUACCAGCUCGUCUGCCUGACGCCUGUCCCUCGAUCAGAGUGUCUUCUCCUUCUUCUACUUCUGUCCCACUCGUGGACAUUUAAUUUGUGGAUUUUACCCACAGAAAUCAACACAGCUAAAGACGUCCGUCAUUGAAGCUCCUCUUGUCCUGUGUGACCUCCCGACACAGAGAGGAUGGUGAUGGCGGAGGGGAGUCCAAGAGACCGAGGGAGGGGGGCUCCGGUGACAGCAGGAGCCGAGGGGAGGCAGAUCUUUGUGGAACUUGCGGAGCAGAACUUUGACGCCAUUUGUCUCUCUACGUAUCGAACGGCCUGCAAGCUCAGAUUUAUACAGAAGAGAUGCAACUUGCAUCUGAUCGACAUCUACAACGUGAUCGAGGCGGUGCGCGACGCUGGUCUGAACGCCAUCGAGCUGAACGUGGGCAUCUCCGUGACCCGACUGGAAAACCUGGUCUCGUCGCUGUUCAACCAGCUCAGCAAGCGUCUGCCCACCACGCACACCAUCAACGCUCACGAGAGCACCGUCCUCUUGGUGGAAUUCAUACUGGCAGCUGUCGACAGUGAGCCAGAAGGUCGACUGACGGUGCUGUCCGUGAAGGCGAUGCUGGCCCUUCUGUGUGGAGGAAAACUGGUCGAUAAACUCCGCUAUGUGUUUUCUCAGGUCUCUGACUCCCACGGUGUGUUGGUUCCGUCCAAGUUUGACUGGUUUCUCAGGGAGGCUCUGAAGUUGCCCACCGCUGUACACGAAGGACCGUCCUUUGGCUACGAUCACGCGUUAGCACGCUCGUGCUUUCCACAACAGAAGAGGGUGAUGCUCAACAUGUUCCUGGACGUCGCCGCCGAUCCGCCUCAGUGUCUCGUGUGGCUGCCUCUCAUGCACCGCAUGGCCAACGUGGAGCAUGUCUAUCACCCAGUGACGUGCUCCUACUGCCGUGGCAAUGGCAUGACGGGCUUCCGCUACCGCUGCCUCCGUUGCCGUGGUUACCAGCUCUGCCAGAACUGCUUCUGGCGCGGCAAUGUCAGCGGCUCGCACAGCAGCCAGCAUCAGAUGAAGGAGCACUCGUCAUGGAAGUCACCAGCGACGAAGUUCGGCCGUGCCCUGAGCAGGACUCUGGGCUGCGUGUCGUCCAGAGAAUCCUCUCACCCAAUUUAUCCCGAGGAACCUGAGAAGACACUUAACCUGGCCAACAUUGUUCCGGCUCGUCCUGUUGGAAACACCAGUGAGGCCAUGUUACUGUCCUCGUCCUCUCCUGAGACGUCAAAGAGUUUGGCAGCGGCUCAGCGCAUGAACGAGGAACACGCUCUCAUCGCCGCGUACGUGAAUCGUCUCCAGGGCAGCCCACGUGUGGACAGUCCCAGCAGACAAGACGAGGAGCACAAACUCAUCGCCCGCUACACGUCUCGACUGGCAGAGAGCGACGGCUCAGGAGUGAUUCCGAACCGCAGCAUCAACUUUGACGUGAACAAACAGAAGAGGGAGCUCAUCGCUCAGCUGGAGUGCAAAAAUAGAGAGAUCUUGGCAGAGAUUAAACGGAUCCGAACAGAACACGACGCAGCCGGCCAGCUCAGUCCAGAGAAAGGCUGCACCAACCCGACGCUGCUGGCCGAGCUCCGCCAGCUCAGACAGAGGAAAGACGAGCUGGAGCAGAGGAUGUCGUCUCUCCAGGAGAGCCGGAGGGGACUGAUGGUGCAGCUGGAGGGACUGAUGAAGCUGCUCAAGGAUGAGGAACAACGACAGGCAGCGCAGGCCGCUGGUUCUUCUCACGCCUCUCCUUCCCGACCGAGUCCAUCGACGGUCCGCUCCGUGGGCGCCGCGUCUCCUCAGGCUCACAUGUACUCGCCUCAGGACUCGCUCGCGGGAGUGGGUGGCGACGUACGGGAGGCCUUUGCUCAAGGCUCCAGAAGGAACCUGAGAAACGACCUCCUCGUUGCAGCCGACUCCAUCACCAACACUGUGUCCUCACUGGUCAAAGAGCUGCACUCAGAUGACGGUCGGGAGGAAGAGGAGAGGUUGCUGAACGGGAAGGACAGAGGUAACAGGUUAAAGUGAUCAUCUGAAGAAAAACAACAAAAAAAGAUGAAGAAACAGUGUGACGUCUCGUCACAGCCAGUCAUGACUGAACAAAAACCCCUGCAGGGAUUCAAAGUGUUCCUUUCCUACGAUCAUCGUUUCAGCUCCGCUGCCAAACAACCAAUCAUGAUGCUGGACACCAAAUGACCCCCGCGGGUCCCUACUGAUGUAUAGCUGUGAUUCUCUGUGUGUGUGUGUGUGUGUGUGUGUGUGUCUGGUCACUGUGGGUUUGACUUUUGUUGUGAUUAGAUGGUUCGUACUGACACCUACUGACGUGUACUGUAGCAUGUGUGCGUGUGCUCUUGCCAAUUUUUGUGUUUUUGAGGGUCGAGUAAGUGACAGAGAGAGACAUGGUGAAGAGAUGGAGAAGGAGGAGAAGAGAGAAAGGGUAGAAGGUUUCAGAAUCAGGAUGGAAGAGAAGAGUAUGUGAGAGAACGGAACAGGAAAGACGAGAAGAAGUGAGGCGUAAGAUGUUCAAGAUUCAGCACUGUGUGCUUCGUAUUUAUUGCUUUGUGAUUAUUAUUUUUUCACAUUUAUUCUAAAAUGACGGUGUGGUCAGGCCCUGCUGUGACGAUAAGCUUUAAUGGGAUGUUUCCUGCUGCAUCAGGCCCCGGUCCCUGGUCCCGUCUGCCUGAGACAGAGACGCAGAGGCAGGGGGAAAGAGUUGGAAGAGUCCUGGUCCUGGUACCGGUCCAGGGUCUGUGAAACCUGGACCAGAUCAGUGUCACCGUGAUGCUGAGAGCAGCUCAGGUCGCCCGUGCCUCUCUGUGGACUCCCACUACUGCAGUGGAGCGACAGUUAAAGAGGACAUCUGAAUACUGUCUGUCUGUCUGUCUGUCUGUCUGUGUGUGAGUGUGUGAGUUUGUGUGUUAAACAGGGUUGGUGCAGCAAAGUGGCAGCUGACAGAUCCGUCUGUUAGCGUUUUCUUGUUAGUUUUUAAUAAACAAAAAAUUAAAUGGUAAAAGACAUUGUUUUGUCCACAAACCAAAGACAUGCAGUUGUAGUUUUGGAUUCUUUGUCACAGAGGAGCGAAAAUUGUGAUUAAGAAAUUGUGAUUAAGAUGCUGAAAAACUAAGCAGAUGAACUGAUUAACUGUCAAAUUAGUUGCUCAUUCAUUUAGUAAUUGAUUUAUAGUUCCCACAAAAUUGCUAAUUAUUUACUCACUCUUGUCGUGACAGUGCAGUGAUUCAUCAAAACAAGUGAUUUGUUCUGUCGUUUUUUUUUCUUGUUAAAUAUGUUUACUUUUUUUAAAUUCAAUUAUACACAUUUCUUUCUUAGAAAGAAGAACAUAAUAUAUAAUAAUAAAAAAUUCUUAUGAAAACCCUUACCCAUGAUUCUCAGUGGUAGAAGAAGUAAGUAAAGUAAAAAUGCUCCCAUGUUUCUUUCUAUGACCAAGUGAUUCCCUUAAUUUAAUAUUUAAUAUACAUGCAACCCCAUUAUCCACUUAUACACAAACAUUGACACACAUUAAUAUAAUAGGAAAAACUACUCAGUAAUUCAUGGCUCCUUCACUGUAUUUGUAAACUGAAAAAAUAUAAAUAAACUUCUCCCACUUUGCUGCUCUAAACUUCCUGUCGAAUGCAUUUGUUUGUGGAAGCUGAAGUUCUCUGUGACUCUUGUAAACGCCCCAAAUAAUCUUCAGUCUGUCGUCUCCGUCGAAAUCCAACAUUGACCCAAAGUUACUGAGUAUAAGACAAAUGACACAGUUCCAGCACGACUCGGCUCGGCUCUACUCCUUUUAUUUUAGCUUUUCCAUUAGGGGAUAAUACCUGGUACUUUUUUUAUGUCGUUUUCACACCUAAUUGACUGCCAGACUGGGUUCAUUUGGGGGUUGCAACAUUCAGCCGGUCCGAGUUUGCUUUCAUACUGAACUUUAGUGAAACGAAUCAAACCUUUUGAAUAACGUAUUCCCCUCCUCGCCUGAGGUGGCGCUGCAUCAAUAAUUACUGAGGGAGAAGACGAGAAUGAACAGUGAACAAGAAAACUCACUCAUCUUUUGGUUUUGGCAGGACAACUUCUGACUAGAGUUCGAUUCUUGGUGCCGACCAGAGUUCAAUUCUUUGGUUGCGGAUCAGUGUUUGAUUCUUUGGUGCGUAUCAGAGUUUGAUUCUCUGUUGCGGAUCAGAAUUCGAUUCUUUGGUGUGGAUCAGAGUUCAGACUUUCCGAGAAAACAAACUAGUAUUCGAUUUAGAAGGAGCUGGUGUGAACCCAUCCUAAAUGUGACGUCGACAGACUGCGGGCCACUGAUUGGUCAGAGAGUCUCGUCACUGGAAGAGUCAUGAACGCAACGGCCGACACGCAAAUCAAAGUCAACAAUGCCGAACUGUAGAUCAGUUAAAAAGACUCAAAAAAACCUAAAAAACAUGUGUUAAUCUCCAACAUUUAGCAAAGGAAAUCUAAAAUCUCAAUAUCUUACAGAGGAGUCUCGUGUAUUUAGCGACAGCGAUCGUGAGCCGAAUCACGACCCAUUCGGCUGUAUUUCAGUUCAGUGUCUGCCGAGUCGUGCCAUGUCGGGCUGGAACUGUGUCGUGGAAAAGUGCCAAAAGUCGGGGGCUGAUUUUAUUUCACGUUACAGCUGUGAGACGUGUAUAUUUUUGGUUUUUAAAUCAUCGCGUUUUUAGCUGUCAGGUUUUAGGGUUUUGUUGCUUUGUAGAGAAGCUAUAUUUUGCUGUUUAUGUACAUUUCUGGUUCCAUUUGUCGUUGUUGUCAUUGUUGUUGACUGACUACUCGUGGCUGGGAGAUCUCAUUUUCCGCCCGCUGGAUGAUUGACUGACUUGUACGUGUGGGUUAAUGCGUGAAUGAGCUCAUGUUUCGGCGUGUGUGUGUGUGUGUGUGUGUGUGUGUGUGUGUGUGUGAAAGAGAGCGAGAGAGAAAAUCUAGACUGACAGGACGGACGCGUCCCGACAUGAAUCUGUAAACACGCUCAGCUCUGAACGUGCCGGAGCUGACGGUUGUGAGUGAAAAAAAAAAAGUGUGGAUUAUCUGCAAUAAAUAAUAUUUAACAUCAAAA